AUGGGUGGUGAGGAAGAGGUUCAGGUCACGCUGUCAGGGGGAGCUCCCUGGGGCUUCCGACUACAAGGGGGUGCUGAGCAGAGGAAACCUUUGCAGGUGUCCAAGAUACGAAGGAGAAGUCAGGCAGGGCGAGCAGGGCUUAGAGAACAGGACCAGCUGUUGUCUAUCAAUGGGGCAGCUUGCACGGGUCUUUCCCAUGCCAGUGCCAUGAACCUCAUCGAUGCUUCAGGGGCCCAGCUCAUCCUUACGGUGCGAAGAGUAGGAGAUAUAGCGCCUGUUCGUUCUCCAUCCCCUGGUGAGCUUCGGGUGCUGUCCCCUUCAUCCCCACUGAGUCCUGAGCCCCCUGGGGCUGCAGUGCCUCAGCCUCUACAGCCCGGAAGCCUACGAUCACCCCCAGACAGUGAGGCAUAUUAUGGGGAAACAGACAGUGAUGUGGAUGGCUCUGCCACCCAGGAGAAGCCCCGUCGUCCCCGUCGCCGAGGUCCCACCAGGCCCACACCUCCAGGGGCCCCACCAGAAGAGGUCUCUUUAUCUGACAGCCCUGCAGAGCCUGCCCCAGCCUCUCUGGAGUCCCCAGCUCUGGGAGGCAGCCGUAUGAGUUCUCCAUCCUGGGAAGAUGGGACAUCUAUUCAACCGACUCCAGCUGAAGCUCUGUUAUUACCUCAUGGCCCACUCCGACCUGGGCCCCAUCUCAUCCCCAUGGUGGGGCCCGUGCCUCACCCAGUGGCUGAUGAUCUCACCACCAGUUACACCCAGAAAGCCAAGCAAGCCAAACUACAGCGCACAGAAAGUGUGCAAGAGAAGAACAUAAAGGAAGCCAAGACCAAAUGCCGGACGAUUGCAUCCCUGCUGACAGCUGCGCCCAACCCCCACUCCAAGGGUGUGCUUAUGUUUAAGAAGAGGAGGCAACGGGCCAAGAAGUACACCCUGGUCAGCUUUGGGGCUGCAGCAGGAGAGGGAGCCAGGGCAGGGGGUGAGGAGGAAGAGGAAGACGGCAUCCCCCCGACCAGUGAGUCUGAGCUGGAGGAGGAGACCUUCUCGGAUGCCCGAAGCCUCACUAACCAGUCAGACUGGGAUAGCCCCUAUCUGGACAUGGAACUGGCCCGUUCAAGUUCAGGCACAGCAGAAGGGCAAGGACCAGGGCCAGGGGGCGGCCUCAGUGAAGCUUCAGGAAGAGGGGCACGGCUUUUUGAGCAGCAACGGCAGCGGGCAGCCUCUAGCUCCCUGGAACAACCUAAUGAUACCCCCCCAGCCCUGAUGAAUGGGAGGGGCCCCCCACCCCCACGGCCCCAGAGCACCCCCCCAGAGGUAGCCUUGUUACCCCCCAGCCCAAUGCCAGCCCCUGCCACCAGUCCCAUUCCUUUAGCCCCUGGGGGAGGAGCCCCUCUCCCAGCCACAGGCAUUUUCAAUCGGUCAGCAAGGCCGUUCACUCCAGGAUUCCAAGGGCAGCGCCCAGUCACCACGUCAGUUGUUUUUCGUCCCCUCGCCCCAAAGAAGGCAAAUGAAAGCCUCAGGAGUCCCAGUCCUGUUCUUCCCCCCUUCUUGUCACCACCCCAAGGUCCCAGCCUUACCCCCAGCUUCUCUACCCCAAAGGAUCGUGGCAAGAUACCAGUCUCCAUCUCCACCAAUGCCCAGGGUUCCUCAGGCCCAGUGACAGCUACCACCUCCUUAUAUAUCCCUGCCCCAAAUAGGCCCAUCACACCAGGAGGUCCCCCUGACUCUCAGGCCUCUCAUAACACAGCCAUGACCUCUACUGCUUCCAUCUUCCUGUCUUCUCCCCUGAGGCCUACUGGACUCCCCACGGCAUCCAAUCCAAGUAACCCUGCCCCUGAGGCUCCUAGUACCCGGGAGCAGAGAAUAUCUGUGCCUGCUCCCCGCACAGGCAUCCUGCAGGAGGCCCGGCGCCGAGGAGGGCGUAAACAAAUGUUCCGUGGAGGGAAUGAAGAGAAAAAGAAUUCACCCAACCCUGAGCUGCUGUCAUUGGUACAGAACUUGGAUGAAAAACCUAGGGCAGGAGGGACUGAGUCUGGUCCUGAAGAGGAUGCCCUGAGCCUAGGGGCUGAAGCCUGCAACUUCAUGCAACCUACAGGAGGCAGAAAUUUUAAGACCCCACCCCCUGUGAUACCUAAAACCCCACCCCCUAUGGCACCUAAGACCCCACCCCCUGUGGCACCCAAGCCUGCACCCCGCGGUCUUCCUGAUGGUCUGGUAAAUGGGACUGUUCCCUCCACAGGCGUCCUUCCCGAACCACCUAGGCUACAGGGCCGAGGUGGAGAGCUAUUUGCUAAGAGGCAGAGCCGGGUAGAUAGGUAUGUAGUGGAAACCACACCUGGUCCUGGUGCUGGCCCGAUCUUCAGCUCCCGACCCCGAAGCCCUUCUCCUACCCCUUCAUUGCCUCCUUCAUGGAAAUACUCCCCUAAUAUCCGUGCCCCACCUCCCAUUGCCUACAAUCCACUGCUUUCUCCAUUUUUCCCACUGGCUGCCCGGACCCUUCCCAGCCGAACGCAGCCUCAGGGAUCCCGAGCAACCCCAAAGACAGGCAUUAAGGCCAUCGACUUCAUGAGGCAUCAGCCCUACCAACUCAAAGCUGCCAUGUUCUGCUUUGAUGAGAUUCCUCCAACCCCUAGCCCUAUUCCCCCAGGGUCUUCUAAGACCACUAAAGUCCACGAGAUACGUAGAUUCUCCACACCGGCUCCCCAACCCACUUCUGAGCCCCUGGCCCCAACUGUGCUCACUCCUAGAGCGGCCACUUCACUGGAUGAGCCCAUGUGGAGAGUAGAGAUGCCCUCAGCUCCUAUUCAUGCCCCUAGCUCAGCUCCAACUCUAGAGUCUGCUCGAAGUCUUGGAGCCUCCCCUGGCUCCUGCAGCUUUCAGGUGGCCAGACCCCGGUUCUCAGCUGCCAGCUCUGGAUUGCAGGCACAUGUGUGGAGGCCUGGAGCAGGCCAUCAGUGAAUUGAGCACAGCCAAGGGAGCCAGAAAAUAGAGCACAUAGCAAGGUCUCAGAGCUGUUUCUGCCACCCCAAAUCCUCCUCCCUAGAUACCUGGAGAAAGUUCCCCUGCCAGGGUAGGCUUGGUACUUCCUUUCCUGGUACUUUCUAUCUGUCUAGCUUUCUCUGCUUUGAUAUCUCUCGCCUCUUUUUUUUUCUAGCUUGUGUGUCUCUGCCCAUCUCUCUGCCUUUUUCUCCCUACUCAUUCUGUUAU